AUGAAGUUCGGUCAGCUCUUCGCCGCGACGACGGCGUCGAUGGCGCCGAACGUGCGAGAGCAGUUUUUGGAUUAUAAACUCUUGAAACAGGUGUUAAAGACACUUCCGGAGAAUAAGGGCGAUGUGAAGCCCGCGACGGCGGGGGAGGUUCACGCGGGGGAGCGGGCAUUCGUGCAGGCGCUGUCCAACGAGUUGAAGAAGUUUAACGAGUUCUUCAUGAACAGAGAGGAGGAAAUCGUCAUGAAGGAGGGUCAUUUGCAGCAGUUAUUCGAUCAGAACGAAGAGCGCAUCGCGAGCGCGUUGAGCGCGGGGGUGUACGACGACGCGUGUUUGGCGGGAGACACGGGCAUUUGCCAGAAAUUUGCCAACUUUCACGGAGAGCUCGUGUUGUUGGAGCACUGGACCAAUUUAAACUACGCGGCUUUGGUGAAAAUUUUGAAGAAGCACGAUAAGCGAUCGAGCUUGGCGCUGCGUUCUCCUUUCCUAGUCAACGUCCUGCAGCAGCCUUUCUACAGCACGGAGGUGCUCACGGCGAUGAUCGGUCGCGCCGAGGAGCGAUUCCGCGCCAUCGAGCACAGGAUUCGAGAAUUCUUGGGCGAGCACGUCCCGCGCGCUGAGCUCGGGACAUCGCCGCAGGUGCAACUGAGGGUAUCAUCGGACGGAAGCGAGAUUAGCGACGACGACGACGACGCCUAUUCCAUCGAGCACACCAAAGCCGCUCUGAACUGCUGGCAAGGUUUGGACAAGAGCGAGGCUUUGCAAAACCCGCUCGGCACGCCUCACGACGUUCAGUGA